AUGAAGACGAUAACAGCUCUCACUGGUGCGUUGCUCGUUUCGGCAGCGUCCGCAGCACCUUCGCAGGCCGAGGAACAAACAGUCCUGCAACCAUCGCCAGUACGACCAGCAAACGGAAUCGAAACAGGUGUUGGCCACUUCAGCGAAUGGAGCAGAGCGACCAAGAAGGAGUUCCUGCGAGACUGGCAAAGAGGAAAGAUCUCGGAUUGGACUUUGGUGCUCGGCAACGAAGGUGGCGAUCUUGACAGUCUGACUUCUGCUGUGACUUGGGCCUACCAUCUUGAGCACUCCACUCAAAACACUUCCCAUCCCCUCAAGGCGAUCGCAUUACUCCAGACCCCGACUGAUGCACUUGACUUGCGACCGGAGAAUAAGCUGGCACUGAGGAACUCUUUGAUGAGCACCGGGCACUCUGAUCUGCUCACCACGGACGAACUGCCAGAACAUCCAGAAACUUUGUCGCGUGACAUCAAGGGUAUUGUGAUCGUUGAUCAUCCUGCUCCGCUUCGUAAAUGGGACAAUGCGCCCAUCCUGAGCAUCUUCGACCACCACGAAGACCGCGGCGCUGGCAAGGACGCGAAGCCUCGCAUCUUCCAGAAAGUUGCCAGCUGCACCACUCUGGUAGCAACACAGAUGCUUGACGAAUGGGCAGCGCUACCGAAGCAAUAUCACCUGUCACAUGAGCUUUUGGAGUUGAUGCUCAGCGCGAUUGCCAUCGAUGCAGGUGGUCUCGAAGACGCCACAGACGCAGACAAGAAGAUCUCACAGCGAGUCCUGGACCUUAGCAGAUGGAACAAGCGAGACCUCGAUGCCCAGAUGGAGAAGCUUGACGACGAGUUGAAGAAAGCAAAGAAGAAUCUUGACGACCUCACAGUCCGCGACCUGCUGCGACGAGAUUGGAAGGGCGACCUGGUCGACACACCCUCUCCACGCACGCCAACAGUCAGCCUCGGCUUCGCCUCAAUUCCCUUCUCGCUGGAUGAGCAAAUCGAGAAGACAGAGUUCGAAGAGCUCUUCGACUGGUUCGCCAUCGAGGCAGCCUGGACAGCCCAAGUCGGCACCGACAUCAGCGUCGCGCUCAAUAAAUACAAAGUCAAAGACAAGCACGGCAAGAAGCACAAGAUUCGCGAGAUCGUGCUGGUGGUGCGGAGCGACGUUAGGAUUGACGAUGUGCAGGCUGAUGCGCUCUUCAAGACUGUUAGCGAGGCGAUUGAAGAGGAGCCUACGCUGAAGGCGAAGAAGUGGCAUCGGGCUGAUGAGUUGGGGAGAAGGCAGAUGGUGUGGACGCAUGAGAGGGAGGAUGCGGGGAGGAAAGUCAUUCGGCCGAUCAUUGAGAAGGCUGUUGAGGAGUGGAAGUAG